ACUACACCGGCCUGCGCUCACAUUCGAGACUGCUCGCACCCAGUCAGCAAAGACGAUAGAUCGGUUUCAGCCGCCGAAUCCUAUCCUGUGAUCACAUCGACACCACUGGCGUUGACGUCCUUCUCCUCAGAGUCGCCUCUAGCGAUAGCCACGAUGCACUGGUCGACGUCGCUGCAAUAGCACACCUAUUCGAAUCUCCAGGGCAAUGCCGCCCGAGUCAUUACUUACCACUGCCAAACCCGCGGUGCCACGACUACGCUCGAGAUUUUCCUUGUUUCCACAAGGGUUGAGCAAAAAUGCUCGAAGUCUGUUCGAUCUUGCUGUCGAGCCGGAGGACCCCUUUCGAAUCUAUUCUCCGGGACAGGCCGUGAAGGGGCAUGUCAUACUCACUGUUGCGAAAGGGUUCGACAUUACGCACCUUGUGGUCGCACUGCAAGGAUAUGUCAAAGUAUACAAACACCAGAUUGCGCCUGGGGAAAGACUUCCAAUCCCGGAAGGGAUCCUCAAUUGGAAGGGUGACGAGAAAUUCCAAUAUCACGGUGGUGGUCUAGCAACACUAUGGCAGAAAGAGCAGACAUUGUGUGGAAGUGGCUUUCUCAAGAAGCACGUCUACAAAUUCGCCUUCGAACUACAAUUUCCAACGCAGAGCUUACCGAGCGCAAUUGAUUUCGAGCGCGGAACGAUAUCUUACAUGGUAACAGCCACUGUCACCCGUCCUACCACGAUAAGUCCGACGGUCAGCCGCAGCACCAAGCUCAAAUAUCAAGACCACAUCGACAUUGAAUCCAUGUACACUCCAAAGUCUAGAUCCGUCACACUGGAACCGAUCUCGAAACGAGGCAAGGUGAAGGUAGUGAGACCGCCAUCAUCCUUGACCCUCCAAAACCUUUCGGCCGCCGGCCGUUUGACGAGGAACAACACGCAGCAUAGUACCACAAGUCGAAGUACCAGCUCCGCUGGUGAUCCUCCGUUGAGUCCAGCACCCAGCGAUGAUACUGUUCAAACUGCCACAACUAGCACGAGUACGCAGAGCUAUCAAGCCCCCCGGCCAGCGGAUCAAUCAAUCCGAAAAGUGAGCCCUCAAGCGAGUGACGCACGUAGCACGACCACCUCUUCAUCCGCUCAGACAAUCACUGCAACUACUGAGCUGCCACGACAUGGUGCAUUACCGGGCGACACGGUCCCUAUUCGAAUUACCAUUACCCACACAAAGGCCGAUGUACGAGGCAUAGUCAUCGCCACGCUGUAUCGUCAAUGUAGGGUCGACAUGCAGCCAACCUUUCCUGAAGACAAGAAUGAGGGAACCAAAAAGGUGGAGAAUGACGAUAUUUAUGGAAAGUCUCGUACAGGUCUAGGAGGACUCUACUUUACCACCGGGUCUCCUAACAGCGUCUUUCGCAAGGAUCUGGCACAAUCUUCUACCAUGAUGGUGGUCAAUCCAGGCACUAUGACGGCAGAUAUCAAAACAUCCCUCAGGAUCCCCGAUACGGCGUUCCCUACCAUUUCCAACGUUCCCGGAGGAAUGAUAUCCUUCACCUACCACGUCGAAGUCAUCGUCGAUUUAUUUGGAAAGUUAGGCGAAACUCGUCUGUGGCCCCGCUUGACCUCCGGUGAUCCUGUCUUCACGCAGAGUGCCGAGAGCGGCAAUCAAUUGACGUCGGACUGGUCAAAUACCAUCCUCGAUACGACCCAGCUACGGCGGAUGUCGAAAAGCGUCAUAGAUUUUCCAAUGUCGCUUGUGAUCGGAACUCACGACAGUUCCAGAAGGAGCAGACAAAACAUGUCUUUCGAGCAACAAGCUCCCGAGACUCCGGCCGACUGGCAGGAACAAGGCAUGUAUGAUGCUUAUCCUUCGCAUGGAGACCAUGAAGAACAGUACUACGACGAAAACGGAUACCCCUACAAUGGCUAUGACUACGAUUAUGGCUAUGAUUCUGGCUACUAUCCCGAGUAUCCCAGGCCAGUGCAUGAUUUGAUCCCCCCACCCACAGGGCAGGAAGAUAUGGAUGAGAAGGCACAGUUACGAAGACAAGAACAGUUGUUGAUGCCAAGCGAACCUCCUCAGGACGAUGAGGCCAGCAGCAAUCCAGUCGCAUAUGCUCCGACGGCUCCAAUCAUUGCGUCGAGUGCCUACGGUGACAAUGCGGAUGGUCAUAAUGACGAAACUUUGCCUUCGACAUUCAAUGCUGCUGCCUCAGUCGUGUCAGGGAGGUCUGGCGAUACAAUACGCCCACAUUCGGCAUCUCCUCCACCAAUGCCGACUUCUGAGGGCGACGACGAACCGACGGAUGACAAGCACGAGUUAGAGCGCCAACGGCUGCUCGCACAAAGAAGCGCUCCUCCCGAAGACGACGAGGAGCAGGCUUCCAGGAGCCAAGCCGCAGAGCCUUUGGUGCCGAGCGUCCCAACAAUUGACGAGCAAGACGAAUACAAUGUACGGACCCUGAAUGAUGUUCAUAUUGGGUCAGAUCUGCCACAGUACGAGCGGUAACGGCCUAGCUGUUUUGAUUU